AGGAAACCUAUUUAGUCAGUUGGCAGAUCUCGAGAGCGAAGGACGUUCAACGUUUGGUGACCACUUCCACCCCUUUUUUUUGUUGUUGUUGUUUGAACUCUUGUCACUGCCCCCUUUCUCUCUUUUACCUGUCCGACGUGAAAGUUCUAGCACCCGAAAAAAAUGGCUGCAAUGAACUCUGCCUGGCGUUUUGGUGAUAGAUACAUCAUUAAAAAGUUGACGUCGAAAUCACGUUUAGCGUUCACGUUUCGACACGCCAGACCUCUCAGCCCGUACUAUGGAGCGAUGUCGAGUGGCGUCUACCGGAUGGUCGGGACGCUAUGCUAAUACGAGAGAGUUUGGACGCAUUGGAGCUACAAGGAACCUAUCUACGAUGAGCAACUUUGAACGACUUCCUUUCAAAAAAAAAUCGUUUAUGGAGAGACCCAUUCACGUAUCGUUGGAACGCUCGUUGAAAUCUCCGUUCGCGUUACGAAGUCAGUUGAAGAACGCCAAACGAGUUGUCAUCAAGUUGGGUUCAGCUGUCAUCACUCGAGAGGAUGAAUGCGGUUUGGCACUUGGCCGAUUGGCUUCCAUCGUCGAACAGGUGGCCGAAUUGCAAAAUGAAGGUAGAGAAUGUUUGAUGGUGACAAGUGGGGCCGUCGCUUUUGGCAAACAGAAGCUAGCUCACGAACAGACGCUAUCGAUGAGUAUGAGAGAGACGCUUCACCAACGGGACAGGCAUAAUAACAGCACGAAGCCUUUUUUCGUGAUUGAACCGAGAGCUGCUGCUGCUGUGGGUCAAUCGGGAUUGAUGAGCCUCUACGACGCCAUGUUUUCGCAGUACGGCGUGAAGAUCGCUCAGGUCUUGGUGACGAAACCUGAUUUCUAUAACGAAGAAACUCGACGUCAUCUGGCCAGCACAGUGUCUGAACUGAUCAGCCUCAACAUUGUGCCAAUCAUCAACACGAACGAUGCCGUCUCUCCGCCACCGCUGGCCGACGAAGACUUGGCUGGGGUCAUUAGCAUCAAAGAUAACGACAGUUUAGCUGCUCGUUUGGCAGCCGAAGUGCAAGCGGAUUUAUUGAUUCUCAUGUCGGAUGUCGAUGGCAUCUACACCUGUCCACCAUCGGAAGAAGGAGCACGUCUUAUCAAUACCUACAGCCCUAAUAACGCUGUUAACAUCCAGUAUGGGAAGAAAUCUCGAGUGGGACUAGGUGGAAUGGAUUCUAAGGUUCGUUCAGCGUGCUGGGCAUUAGAGAAGGGCAUCUCUGUCGUCAUUUGCAACGGAAUGGCUGAGAAUGCAGUGCGAAACAUAAUAGCUGGCCGUAAAUUAGGCACAUUUUUCACCGAUUGUAAAAACGGUGGGGUUAGCAUCGAAAGCGCCGCUGAACACGCGCGCGAUGGCGGUCGUCAAUUGCAGAAUCUUACGGGCAGCCAACGUUCGGAUAUCAUUCAGAAUUUGGCGGAAUUGCUGUUGGAGCGACAGCCGCAGAUUCUUAAAGCCAACUUGGAAGAUUUGAAAAUUUUAAACGAAAUGUCUACGGUGAAAAGCGGCGGUGUUGUUCCCCUUCUCGGUCGUCUCACGCUCACGCCGGCCAAACUGAAAAGUCUGAGCGACGGACUGAAGCAAAUCGCCGACAGCAGUGCAGACAUUGUUGGCCGUGUAAUGCGACGCACUUUGCUGGCCAAAGGUCUUGAAUUGACUCAAGUGACGGUUCCCAUAGGCGUUUUGCUCGUCAUUUUCGAGUCACGACCAGAUGUUUUGCCUCAAGUGGCAGCGCUGGCCAUUGCAUCAGCUAAUGGAUUAUUGCUAAAAGGCGGCAAGGAAGCCACCCAUUCCAAUCAAAUCCUGAUGGAUGUCGUCCACCAAGCCCUGGAUACAGCAGGAGUCCCUCAGGCCGUGUCGUUGGUGUCUACUCGCGAAGAAAUUAGUGACUUGUUGACGAUGGACCAGUAUAUUGAUUUGGUGAUUCCGAGAGGAUCGGGCGAGUUGGUGCGUUCGAUCCAGCAGCAGAGUCGCAAUAUUCCCGUGCUCGGUCACUCCGAAGGAAUUUGUCACGUCUACGUUGACAAUGAAGCCGAUCCCGUUAAAGCCAUGAAAAUAGUGAGGGACGCCAAAUGUGACUAUCCAUCAGCUUGUAAUGCAAUGGAGACCUUAUUGAUUCACGAGGAUUUACUGGGCAAUACUGGAGGCAGUGGAUCCAGCACAGGCACAUUCUUUGCGGACGUCUGCGCCAUGCUCAAAAAUGAAGGAGUGAAAAUCUACGCCGGCCCUUCGUUGAGUAAACACCUGACAUUUGGACCACCUCCUGCCAAGUCGUUACGUACGGAAUACGGCAGUUUAGAGUGCACCAUCGAAGUGGUCAAGAGCUUAGACGAAGCUGUCGAUCACAUCCAUCGCUACGGCAGUUCGCACACAGAUUCGAUCGUCACUGAAAAUCGAGAGAAAGCUGAACAAUUUCUUCACAAGGUGGAUAGUGCCUGCGUCUUUCACAACGCCAGUACGCGUUUCGCUGACGGCUACCGAUUCGGAUUGGGAGCCGAAGUGGGGAUCAGCACAGCCCGGAUUCAUGCCCGCGGACCAGUGGGCGUCGAAGGUCUACUGACAUCCAAAUGGGUUCUUCGCGGAUCGGGAGACGCGGCUUCUGAUUUCGGACUGAAUUCCGGCAAAAGUUUUCUUCAUCAAUCGCUAUCGAUCGAUGCUAAAAAUCCCGUUUCCACGGAGUGAGAAAAAGAAAAAAAGAUGAAAGAAUUCGACGUGGUAUGUCGUGUAAGUGUUGCAUAAUGACUUUCUCCACGGAAGAAUUUAUAUAAAAACACCGCCAUCAGCUGCCCGUGUCCUUUUUAUGGUGUAAUCGUCUGCUUUGUGUUCAUAACAAUUAACAUCCAUACUUCUAUGAAUAGCGACGGCGCGUAUGCAAUAAGAGAAAUAUAACAAGAGUUUAAAAAGUG